AUGGAGCUGCUGACUGGAGAGGUUCCUGUAAGGUGUCAGGAUGUGGCGGUCUAUUUCUCCAUGGAGGAGUGGGAGUACAUAGAAGGACACAAGGAACUGUACAAGGAGGCCAUGAUGGAGGCUCCCCGGCCUCUGACGUCACCAGAUGGAUCCAGGAGGAGAAAUCCCCCCGAGAGUUGUCCCCGUCCUCUGUAUUCCCAGGAGUGUCCAGAGGAGAAGCUCCCAGAGAACCAUCAGAUGACAAAUCAGGGGGAAGAUGUGACUGUUAUUAAAGUGGAGAAUGAAGAAGAACGGAUGAUGGGCGAUCCCCCGUGUAAGAGUGAGGUGGAGGAGGACAUUCCAGUCCAUGUGACCACAGAAAAUCCCAGUAAGAACUUUGAGGAAAACUUCAUGUGGUUGCUAGAUAAAACAGAAGAUGAAGAUAUCGGGCAGCGCUUUUCAGGAGAAAAAAAUAUUACCUAUAAUGUACAUCCGGGACUUCACAGUGCAGGUCUAGUAUCUAAUCCCACUAAUCAUGAAGAACCUUCUUCUGACCAAUCACAGAUUGCUACCACAAGUACCCAGCAGAAAGAAGGUAAAAGGGAAUCUGGAAAACAGUACAAAAACAGCUCAAAUCUAUAUACACACAGAAUUCACACAGUUGAGAAGCCAAAAUCCUGUUCAAAAUGUGGGAAAUGUUUUAUGUAUAAAUCACAGCUUGUGAAGCAUGAGAGAAUUCACACAGGAGAGAAGCCCUAUUCAUGUUCAGAAUGUGGGAAAUGUUUUAUUACUAAAGACAAACUAAAGGUUCAUCUGAGAAGGCAUACAGGAGAAAAACCAUUUACAUGUUCAGAAUGUGGGAGAUGUUUUACAGAGAAAUCAGGUCUUGUCAAACAUCAGCGAUAUCACACGGGAGAAAAGCCGUUCUCCUGUUCUGAAUGUGGAAAGCGAUUUACACAAAACUCAGGUCUUUUUAGCCAUAGAAGAAUUCACACAGGAGAAAAGCCAUAUUCCUGUUCAGAAUGUGGAAAAUGUUUUAUGUAUAAAUCACGUCUUGUUGUACAUCAGAGAAUUCACACAGGAGAGAAGCCUUACUCAUGUUCAGAAUGUGGGAAAUGUUUUACAGAUAAAUCAUGUCUUCUUACACAUGAAAGAAUUCACACAGGAGAGAAGCCAUUUAAAUGUUCAGAAUGUGGAAAAUGUUAUACACAAAAGUCAGAUCUCAUUACACAUGAGAGAAACCACACAGGGGAGAAGCCAUAUUCUUGUUCAGAUUGUGGGAAAUGUUUUAUUUCUAAAGACACCCUCAAUCAUCAUCAGAGAGUUCACACAGGAGAGAAGCCAUAUUCAUGUUCAGAAUGUGGGAAAUGGUUUACUACUAAACACAAACUAAAGGUUCAUCAGAGAAGUCACACAGGAGAGAAACCAUUUAUAUGUUCAGAAUGUGGGAAAUGUUUUACAGAGAAAUCAGGUCUUGUCAAACAUCAGCGAUAUCACACAGGAGAGAAGCCGUUCUCAUGUUCUGAAUGUGGGAAAUGUUUUACUACUAAAGACAAACUAAAGGUUCAUCAGAGAAGUCAUACAGGAGAUAAACCAUUUAUAUGUUUAGAAUGUGGGAAAUGUUUUACAGAGAAAUCAGGUCUUGUCAAACAUCAGCGAUAUCACACAGGAGAGAAGCCGUUCUCAUGUGCUGAAUGUGGAAAACGAUUUACACAACACUCAGGUCUUUUUAGCCACAGAAAAAUUCACACAGAAGAAAAGCCAUAUUCCUGUUCAGAUUGUGGAAAAUGUUUUAUGUAUAAAUCACGUCUUGUUGUACAUCAGAGAAUUCACACAGGAGAGAAGCUGUAUUCAUGUUCAGAAUGCGGGAGAUUUUUUACAAAGAAAUCCUAUCUUGUUAAACAUGAGAGGAUUCACUUAGGAGAGAAGCUGUAUUUACAGUAUAUUUAGAAGGUGGAAAAUGGUUUACUACUGAAGAUAAACUCGAGGAACAUGAGAAAAUUCAAGCAGGAGAAAAGCCAGUUACAUGUACAGAAUGUGGGUAAUGUUUUGCUUCUAAAGCCACCCUCAGGAUUCAUCAGAGAAGUCACACAGGAGAGAACCCAUAUUCAUGUUCACUAUGUGGGAAAUGUUUUACAGGUAGAUCAUAUCUUGUUAAACAGGAGAGAAUCCACACAGAAAAAAAGCCUUAUUAAUGCACAGAAUGUGGGAAACGAGUGGACCUGUAUGAUUUAUGGAGGAUCAGAAAUCCAGGAGUGAAACAAUACUUCUGUUACUCUCCAUCGCAUAAUUUUCUUUCUGGAAUUGAUCUGGCUGUAGGGCCUACAGUAAUGUUGGAUAGGGUCCGGGAUACUAAAUACUUACCCCGCAGUAUUUCUAAUCACUCCCCGGUAUUGGUAAUAUUGGAUUUGGGGAAAGGUUUAUUAAAUGCAAGACAGACAUGGCGGCUGAAUCAUUUUUGGAUCCAGUUAGUA